AUUUAAAUCCCCAAAUCGGAGAACCCUAAUCCCCAAAUCCCCAAAUCUCGCCCCUACCCCGCGCGACGAUGAGGAGAUUAGGGUUCUUCGUCGUCGUCGCCUCCCUCGCGGUGGCGAUUCUCGGAUGGGGGAUCGGCGUGGGGGCCGAAUCGGAGGAGGCGUACGUCACCCUCCUCUACGGCGACGAGUUCGUGCUCGGGGUCCGCGUCCUCGGAAAGUCGAUCCGGGACACGGGGGCGAGGAGGGACAUGGUCGUGCUCGUCUCCGAUGGGGUCUCGGAUUACGCGAAGCAGCUUCUUAGGGCUGAUGGAUGGAUUGUGGAGCCUAUAAAAUUAUUGGCUAAUCCAAAUAAUGUGAGGCCAAAAAGGUUCUGGGGAGUCUACACCAAAUUAAAGAUCUUUAAUAUGACAAGGUAUAAAAAAGUUGUUUAUCUCGAUGCAGAUACAAUCGUGGUGAAAAGUAUUGAGGAUCUCUUCAAAUGUGGAAAGUUCUGCGCAAAUUUGAAACACUCUGAAAGAAUGAACUCUGGAGUAAUGGUUGUAGAGCCAUCUGAAGCACUCUUUAAAGAUAUGAUGAGCAAAGUAAAGUCCCUGCCUUCUUAUACUGGAGGAGACCAAGGCUUUCUGAAUUCAUAUUAUGCUGAUUUUCCAAAUGCUCAUGUCUUUGAUCCAAAUUUAUCGUCAGAAGAGUUACAAUCUAAACCUGAACCUGAUCUGCAGCGGCUUUCUACACUAUAUAAUGCGGAUGUUGGUCUUUACAUGCUAGCCAAUAAGUGGAUGGUUGAUGAAAAUGAACUUCGAGUUAUUCACUACACACUUGGUCCCUUAAAGCCCUGGGAUUGGUGGACAGCUUGGCUUCUUAAACCUGUGGAAGUAUGGCAGACUAUUAGAGAAACACUUGAAGAAUCCCUACCAGGAACAGGUGGAGGAAGGAAUCCUCAUGAUCAGUUGGUGGUCAAAGUCUUGUUCAUUCUUCCAAUUUGCAUUCUAUUUUUCUGUUACUAUCAAUCAUGCCUGCAGAUUUACAGGGGUCUUUCGGGUGUAUCAUGGAACCUGUGUGGUUUUGCUAGGCGUGCUUACUACAGAUACAGAUCUUCUGGGGGGCUUCCGGUUUAUUCCAGUGUUGGAGUUGCUUCAUCUUCCAUUGCCAAUUCAAAUCAACAGUUUUCAAAUGGCAUGCAUUCCAAGCUACCUCCUUACUUGUGUGCGAUUUCCAUCUUGAUCUGCUUCACCGCUGUUGCAAUAUCUUUUGGGCUCGCUUUCAUUGUCAUUCCCCGUCAAGUGAUGCCGUGGACGGGUUUGCUGCUGAUGUACGAGUGGAUAUUCGUAACAUUUUUCCUUAUGUUUGAAAGUUAUCUCCGCGUUGUCUACUAUUGGGGAAAUGCUACAGCAAGUCAACUCGGAUAUGGAAACCCUGAUUCAUCAGAAUAUCACACAGGAAAAGGUAAUCAACGCAACAUAUCCGAUUUUGACUCUGUAGUGUGCUUCUAUUGGAUGGGGAUGGCAUUUUUAGCUGUGAUUGCCCCAUCGUUGCCAUGCCUACUGGGCGUCACUGCUCUAUUUGCCAGGCUCGGUUUGUUCGUCGUGGGAGGUAUAAUAUUGGCUGCGUUCAUGACAUACGCGUCGGAGCAUUUAGCCAUCAGAGCUUUCGUGAAAGGCGAGAAGGACCGUGAUCUUCCAAGAACUAGAAGAAGGUGCCUAUUGUGUUACUAAUGUGAUUUAGUCGCGCCGAUUCUAAUCAUUGUUGUAUCCUAUUUAUUUAUGUACAUUAUUAUUGUGUUUUUAUGCAAAAAUUUUGGUAACUAGUUUGUUUAGCUUCAAAGUGGGAAGUCACCUUGUAUCUUCAAGCAGGCAGUUUGGCAGUAGGUUUUUUUUUUUUUUUUUUUCCUUUUCUCUUAAAUAUAAAUUGGCCAAUUUUUGUUUUUCAUAGUGCUCCCAAACAAAAUCCAUUUUAUAAGAUACUGAAAUUUCGUACUUGAAAAA